AUGGCGCUACGCACCAAUGGAUUUGUGCCACCAUCCACUCAAAAGGGUCUCGUUAUGGACGAAAAGGAACAGCUCUUUGUGUGGAACGAGGCCCCUUGCCCUAUUUUGCCUCGCGACCAAGCUCUCGUGCGCAUCGAAGCUGUUGCUCUUAACCCGAGCAACACAAAAAUGAAGACAGACUUUGCUAACCCAUUUGCGAUCAUGGGUGCUGAUUUUGCUGGCACAGUUGUUGCAGUGGGGCCAGAUGUAGUUGGCGUUGGAGUUGGUGAUCGGGUGUGUGGAGCACAAAACGAGAUGUUCAAGUAUACGCCAGAACAAGGGGCGUUUGCUCAGUAUACCGUGACGCGCGGCAAAAUGUGGAUGAGGGUUCCAGACGCAUGGACCAUAGAAUCAGCCGCGUCGAUACCUGUGGGAAUAUGCACCGCUGGUCUAGCUAUAAAAUCGCUAGGCUUACCAUUGCCAAACGAACCUGUUGCGAAAGCCAAACAUGUGCUCGUUUACGGCAGUAGUACUGCGACGGCAACAAUUGCUAUGCAACUGCUAAGACUCGCGGGCUUGAUCCCAAUAGGGAUUUGUUCUCCAAAACAUUUCGAUUUGUCGAGGAAGAAUGGUGCUCAGGACGUAUUCGAUCGCUUCGACAAGGACGUUGCGCAAAAGAUUAAAGCUCACACGCGAAACAACUUGAAAUAUGCAUUGGACUGUAUUUCUACCGUUGAGUCUACAACCGUGUGCUUUAACGCAAUGGGGCGCGCGGGAGGAAACUACGUUGCACUCGAGCCAUUCCCUGAGCAUGCCGCAACCCGUGCGGUAGUGACCAAAGACUUCGUUGUCGGUCCCUGUAUCUUUGGCGAAGGCUGUACGUAUCCAGCGCCAUAUGGUCGCGAGCCGGAUGACAAGAUGCGUGCAUUGGGCGUUGAGUUGUGGGAAGUUGCGGAGAGACUGGUGCAUGAGGGCAAACUCAACCACCAUCCCGUCCGCAUAUUAGAAGGUGGAUUCGAAGGUAUCCGGAAGGGCCUGGAGUUGCUCACGCACAAGGGUGUAUCAGGAGAGAAGAUUGUAGUCCGAAUGGAAAGCUGA